AAAGGGGAGGGAAGGGGAGGGAAAGUGUAAACAGAAUGUGUGUCCUAAUGCCCAGGGACAGACUGACGGACAGAGAACACAGGAUACACACAUAGGCACCCUCUCACGCCCACCACAGCCUGGAGCCACCUCACAGACUGGCUGUUGUUCACAGCUUUGCCCAGCCAUGGAGGUUCCUGUGAUGCUCUUCUGCUCAUUUAUAAUGACUGCGGCUCUUGAUGCUGAUGAGAAUAAGCCACAUGAUCCUUUUCAUUAUGAUUACACGUCUCUCCGGGUUGGUGGUCUUGUCUUUGCCGGAGUCCUCUUUAUUCUUGGAAUACUCAUCAUCUUGAGCAGGAAAUGUCGAUGCAAAUUCAAUCAACAGCACAGGACUGGGGAGCCUAUUGAAGAAGAGGGAUCCUUACGUGCAUCCAUACGACGUUUGUCAAGCAGAAGGUUAUAAUUCUAUGGUACUGAGUGAAAGGUCUGUGAUCCCCAUGCGCUUGGAUUAAUAUUUUUGCACAUACGGAGCAGUUGAUGUUCUCAGUAUAUUAAUGGUUUUGUCUAUGCACUCCCACUCAUCUUGUAAGCACCAGACAGCAGACUGACCUCCAGCUGACCUAUCCUCUGGACUCACACCACAACCUUCUGAAAAGUCUUCAGUCAAUCUAUAAAAGCAACAAACCACUCAAGAGAUAAUAUGCUCUGUACAGUGCCUUAUCAGUUCUGUAUAUGUUGCCUUAUUAGUUACAUAUAUGUCCCUUAUAAGAUACACAUAUGGUACAAAUAUAUUUACUUUUCUGCUCGGAUGUUUUCUUUGAUGUCACAUGUGAAGGACAUACCAGCAUGUUCAUCCAAUUGCAGUUCCUAAAACAAAGACAUUUUCAAUUUGCCAUUGGUUAUCAGUAGGAAAGGGCCAAUGUUUUUGGACAUUCACUAAAUAUUAACAUGUUGGGCACAUUUCUUUGUUCUAGAUGGUCAUUGAACAACCAUCAAACUUUGAAAUACAUUUUCUUUAAAACAGAUGCAAUCUAUCCCUGAACCAAGUGUAACAUUUGAUUAUUUGUAUAUGGAAUGAACACUGUAUUCCAAAUGUGUUGCUGAAAUGAAAGUGCAGCGGUACGUAUUGGCCAAUCAGCAUUAAUACGAUGUACCUGUUAGCCAAUCAGCAUUAGUAGGAGGUUUAUAACUGAUACAGCUGUAUUAGUUUCACUUUCAUUUUAAUUACUUUUACUUCAAAUUUUUCAGGCAAGAAAAACAUUUUUAAAAAUAAACAUAUGGUUAUUCAUAUGAGUGAUAUAAAUUGUUUGAGUACAGUGUCCCUUCAAAGAUGUCUAUUGGAAUCAACAAAUAUUAAAAGGUUACAUUCAGUAUUCAAGGGAAUUGUUUAGUCAUCCCUAGGUAUCGUUGUCAGCCUUGCAAUUUUGCCAAAAAAAUUACUCACUGUGGUAUCACGACAAUCCUGCACUUUCGCUUUAAGAGAAUUAAGCAAUAUAAUACUUUAUAUACUUUAUUAAGUGUUUUAUAUGUAAAUAUGCCAUUCUAUAAAUUUUCAGCUCUUAUUAAUUUUAAUUAAUAUAUACAUGUAAUGAUUUGCUGUAAUGUAACAUUAUCAACAGAUUAAAUGUGUAUUAAUCCCAAUAAAAUGCACAGAACAAUAUUGUUUUAGUUUAAACGCUUGUGCAACCUAAACUUGUACCACCAUUUAACAGCAAACAUACCACAAAACUGUAGCAUAAUAUUAAAAUGAUCUUUUAACCCUA